AUGACAUAUCAAGCAAUCAUUUUUAUCUCUUAUUGUACACGAAUGUUUCCAUUGAUAUUGAAUGACAAUGAAAAAUAUUGCGAUUUUAUAGAUGGAAUUGAAAAGUUAAUUGAAAUCGAUUUAAUGACUAAUUAUACAAUACAAUUAUUCGAUGACUAUUUCAAUGCUUAUAUAGAUUUGAAUAAACAAUAUUUCGAUCAAAUGAAACAACGUUUAUUUUCAUCGAAAUUAUUAAUACAUAAAAUUUCAUUUAAAAUAAUUAAAAAUACAUUAGACGAACAAUAUCGAUCGAUUGAAUUUAAACGCAGGUUUCAUCAACACAACGAUCAAAAUGAAAAGAAAAGAAUCAAACUUAAAGAAUAUAUCCAUAUCGAGAAAGAAGAUAUUGAAUCUAAUCUGAAGAAAUACUAUAAAAAUGAAGUUGAAGAUGACGAUAAAACGUUGCUAAAUAAAGGAAUGGAACCAAAAGAAUAUAUUGAAAUAACUGACAAAAUCCUUGAAAACGCUAAACCAAAAUUCAUAGAGUACUCAACAGAAAAGUAG